AUGCUAACAGUUUCUUCUCUCGCACUUCUCGCUUGUGGAACUCCCUUCCGAUUCCAUGCUUUCCAGCCAAUCUGCAAAAAAUUAAAUGCAAUGUCAAUCGCUGUCUACUGUUCUCCUGAUUACUCUUUCCUCUUGACGCUCAUUAUUAAUGUUUCUGUUUCUAAUUCCUCCACAUUCUGUAACCACUUGUGUCUUAGUGGCUUUACUGCCUUGCAUGGGCCAUCCUCUUCCGCCUCACCUGCUAUCCUCUUCCGCCUCCGCUAUCCUCCUCACCAGCUAUCCUCUUCCGCCUCCAGCUAUCCUCUUCCGCCUCACGAGCCUAUCCUCUUUCCGCCUCACCAGCCUCAUCCUCCUCUUCCGCCUCUCCAGCUAUCCUCUUCUUCGCCUCUUCCGCCUCACCUGCCUCACCAGCCAUCCUCUUCCGCCUCACCUCCCUCUUCCGCCUCACCAGCUAUCCUCUUCCGCCUCUCCAGCUAUCCUCUUCCGCCUCACCUGCCUCUUCCGCCUCACCUGCUAUCCUAUUCCGCCUCACCUGCUAUCCUCUUCUUUCCGCCUCACCCGCCUCACCAGCUAUCCUCUUCCAUUCCGCCUCACCUGCUAUCCUCUUCCGCCUCACCAACUAUCCUUUCCGCCUUCACCAGCUAUCCUCUUCCGCCUCACCAGCUAUCCCUCUUUCGCUUCACCAGCUAUCCUCUUCCGCCUCACCUGCUAUCCUCUUCCGCCUCACCAGCCGGCUCCCUCCCCUCUUUCACUGCUUCUUCCGCACCCAUCCUAUUCCGCCUCACCAGCCUCUUCCGCCUCAUCAGCUAUCCUCUUCCAGCCUCCUCUUCCGCCUCACCUGCCUCAUCCUCUCACCUCCGCCUCACCAGCUAUCCUCUUCCGCCUCUCAGCUAUCCUCUUCCGCCUCACCUGCUACCCUCUUCACUAUCCCUCUUCCGCCUCACCAGCUAUCCUCUUCGCUUCACCAGCUAUCCCGCCUCUUCUUCCGCCUCAUCAGCUGCCUCUCCAUCCUCUUCCGCCUCUCCAGCUAUCCUCUUCCGCCUCACGAGCUAUCCUCUUUGCCACCUAUCCUCUUCCGCCUCACCUGCUAUCCUCUCCGCCUCCAGCUAUCCUCUCCAGCUAUCCUCUUCCACCUCACCUAUUUCACCCUCUUCCGCCUCACCUAUAACCCUGCUAUCCUAUUCCGCCGUCACCUGCUAUCCUCUUCCGCUUCCGCACAGCUUCCUGCCUCACCAGCUAUCCUCUUUCCUUCAAAUCCUCUUCCGCCUCACUGCCUCUCUUCCGCCUUCACCAUCAAAACAUCCUCUUCCGCAAUAUCCUCUUUGCCUCGCCAGCUUCCUCUUCCGCCUCACCAUUCUUCCACAAGUUCUUUCUCUAUCCCUUUUUUUAGCCCACAAUUCUUUCUCUAUUUCUUUCUUAGCCCCCAGUUUCUUCUUCGUUUCGUUUUUAGACCCCAUCCAAAGGGAACUUUACGUAUUUCGAAAGAAAUUCUUUCUGUUCGAGGCGAACGAUUCUCAUCCAUUUGCCCUCAAGGAGUUCCUGCUUCAUAACAAAGGAAGUCGGAAUGUUUUUGACGACGGGGCGCCGCCUUUGACGAGUAAUGAUUUCUUAAAGUGGAUCGAUGAAAAGGCGAUAACAUUGAACUGGUCAAAUCAAAUUCUGGAUGAACUGAAAAAGAUUACCAUACGAGCAAGUUCUUUCGAAAAGUUUGUAUCGCAGUCUCUUAGACAACUGAAGAAUGCCUAUGAGGAACACAUAAGCAAAUACUGCCAAAGCUUUAUCAAUAAAGUGAAAGAUUCAACCUUAAAGGUUCCACACAACUACGAACGAAACAUUCAAAUUUGGAAGGAGGAAAUCCUGAGAGGUCACCGAAAUAUCACCGCAAAAUUAUAUCAGUUGAAAACGUUAGAGAAGCCUUUUUUCGAAUAUGUUAACAAUUACCACCAGGUAACCAGCCUUAUGCUGAACGUCCUAGAUCAUUUCCCGCACCUUCUACACCCGAUGUCCCGAUGGUUGCUUGAGGAUGAUUGUUACACUAGAAAAUUGCAGAAUGAACUCUACGACCUAACAAAAAGCAAGGCCCAUAUAAAUGAGUCUAUCCGAUGUCAGCAGUUUCGUGUAACAGAAGCCCGAAAUAAUUUCCAGCGAAAAGCGUUCACUACACAGAUACUGUGGCGGGAUGUUAAGGAUUUGUUGGACGAAUUAAAUACACUUCGAGACCAGCAGAGCCAACUGAAGAACUCACAACAAGUAAUCGACUAUGAGCAACAGAGGAAGAAAGUCGAGCUAGCGGAAGCUGAGACUAGGUUCAUGAACAGGGCUUCUAACUCGUCGACACUUUACGAUAUUCUCGUCGGACUGAUAGAGAACCGGAAGUUGGACAUACAAAAACUCAACCUCAGCCGGAAUCAAGGUAGCAUCGAACUGAGCCGCAUCUUGAAAGCCAAGGUUGCGUGCGAUAUCAAACUGUGUGUGGCCAACAGCAAAUACGAAAGCAGCCGACAAUUGCAACAGGAACAAGACAAUAUUUUACAGAAGGAAUUAAAAACAUUGACGGUAUUGAAAAAUACGUUGAGAGAUAUACAGGAUAAGAUGGCGGCGCUUCAUAUAAUAAAGGAUUUGAAGAUUCAGACUCUGACUAUUCAAACUUUAUUCGAGAAACCACAUGUAGUUGAUUUUGAAAACACUGAAAACGAUGUCUUAGACGAUGCUUUAAACUUGGUGGCAAAUGAAAUCGGUUUCGACUGGAUUUGCCUCUAUCAAAUCUUACCUUUUCAUCCACCGAGGUGUAUUCGAUCAAAAAUCCGAGACAUUGAGGACAUAAAAAAGAAGCAGUUAAGUACGCAAGAAAUGGCGCUGGAAUCUCUGCAAAAAUGGAAGGACCAUAACAGAGAUUGUUCACACGUGUUUCUCCUUGUCGUUAUGUCUGUUGUUAGUGUCGGCUCAGGAUAUUUUGUUGGCUUUCGGCCGAUUUGUUCGCACGAUUCAAAAUGGCUCAUUUGCAUCUCCAAAACUGUGGUGAAAGUUUACAGUAUGAAGACGGCUGAGUGCAUACAUAAUUUAAGAGGACACACCAAAGAUGUCACUGGAGUUCAGUUUCAUCCAAACAACAGAAUGCAGGUUAUUUCUUGUUCUUUGGAUAAAGCAAUUAUUUUCUGGGACUACAAUGAUGGAAUUUUAUUAAAGAGGUUCACACUGGGUACUCCAGUUUAUGCAAUGCUUAAUUUUCUUGAAUGCAACACAAAAAACAUGCUUUUUUUCUUGAGGAAAAAGGGAGCUGUUUAUGAUUUGGUUUCACAGGAGAUUGGCUCAGACAAACAUCCUCAUAUUUUAAUCACAGACUGCCUAAAUGAUGAACAUUGUAUUGGAGCUGGAUUCAAGGGUCGAUUCGUGGCCUGUGUAACAAAGCAUGAUUUGAAGAUCAAUGAUUUAGCAUCUAAAAAGAAUUUCCGACACCAUGGACAAACGAACCAGAGUUAUUUCACUUGUAUUGCUUGCCACCCAAACGAUGAAUGUUUAGCCACUGGCAGCAGUGAUGGCAGAAUCAUUAUUUGGAAGCGAUUUCUGCGAAACAAAAAUGUCAUAAAAUCCAUAAACCAUUGGCAUGCCCUUCCAGUCAUGGACCUCAGUUACUCAGUUGAAGGAACUCGUCUGUAUAGUGGUGGCCAUGAAUGCACACUUGUUGUUUGGCAAUUGAAUCAGCACACACGAGACUUUCUGCCACGAAUAGGAGCACCAAUAAAAUCACUUUCUGUUUCUCCAGACAACCAAUAUAUCAUUGCCAGCCUUGCAGAUAAUGAGAUUUUAGUCAUUGAAGGAAGCAACCGGAAAAUUGUCCAGGCUAUAAUCGGCAUCACUGUUCGACAGCUUGGCUACCAGAAAACAAACCCUUUCCCAAUGGGUCUUCAUUAUGAUGCCAACAACAAGGCUCUGGUCACAAAUGGAAAACCUGGACAUUUACAGUUUUAUUGCCUGCAGACAAACAAGCCACUCUUUAAUCUGGAUGUUGUCGGAUUGAAUUACAUCUCCCCUGAUAAACCUGAUAAGCAAUGCAGUGUGCUGGAGGUUACAAGAGCAAGCUUCAAUGAAGAUGGAACUUGGCUGGCCACUGUUGAAUGUUGGGAAAUGCGUGGAUAUGAUAUAGAAAUAAAAAUGAAAUUCUGGUUUUAUAAUUCCAAAGAAAAAAAGUACAUUCUUAACACGAUGAUUGAGAUGCCCCAUUCUCAACAGGUAAAUAGUCUCUGCUUUUGCCCUCUGAGCUCAAUUCCAUCCAGCAAUGGAAGAUUGCAACAGGUUGUCACAUCCAGCAACGAUGGGAAAUUCAAACUGUGGAAACUCUCUGAUGAUACAAAUGCACAAAGUAAUUGGAUUUGUGAAUCUGAAGGCUUUUAUCGUGACUUCAUCCCCAGAAAGACAUCAUUUGCUGAAGAUGGAUCUCUUCUUGGUGUGGCUUUCAACUACCUGAUCACAAUAUGGGAUCCAAUGACCAAUUCUCUGAAGAAGCUCUUAGAAAAUCCUCUGGAUCAUUCUACUUGCAAGCAAUUAUCAUUUGGAAGGAAAAGUUGUGCUCAUUUACUUGUUUCUGCUUCACAAUCCAUGAUGACCGUUUGGAGUCUCCUCACGUGUACUGCUGUUUGGUCAGUCAACAUCAGUGUUUCUUGUUUGGUAACGGAGCCUCUAAGUGAAUUGAUGGCAGCCUUCACCGAAAACAAAAGUUUAUUUGUCUUCCGACCUGAUGAAGCAAAGCCAGUUUACCAAAAAGCCUCAGUCUCAGAGGAAUGCGUUUUCUAUGCAGCCUUUAUUCCUCACCCUUCACAUAAAACAGACUUGCCACCUCAGUUGCAAUGGCAGACAAAAUCUCAGCUUUACUUUAUGAACAAAAGCCAAGAACUUUUGACCAUUGAGGAAAAUGCAGACGACCACAUUAGCUUGAAACGACCAAGCACAUCUGUGAUUGCUAAAAAUCUUCCUGUGGAUGUUUUUAGUAUGGUUAUUGGUAAACGAAGGAAAGUGGAACAAGAGCUUGAACCAAUGGAUACAUCGGUGCCGAAUUUGCCCAAGAAUUCUUCACCAUUGUUGAUGGAGAUGAUCAACACUCCAACUGCUGUGUGCGCCCCAGUGUCAUCAUUCAGCUGCCAAUUUCUUCAUAGUCUGAUGCCUCGAAGAGAUGAAUCUCUAAUUAUGGAAACUUAUUUAACCCACUGUAUCUAUCUCAUCCUCUUUCUUUCUUUCUUUCUUUCUUUCUUUCUUUCUUUCUUUCUUUCUUUCUAUCUAUCUAUCUCAGUCUCCUGUUUCUAUCUAUCUAUCUAUCUAUCUCAGCCUAUUUCCAUCUAUCUAUCUAUCUCAGCCUAUUUCCAUCUAUCUAUCUAUCUGUCUCAGCCUGUUUCUAUCAAUCUAUCUAUCUAUCUCAGCCUGUUUAUAUCUAUCUAUAUAUCUAUCUAUCUAUAUAUCUAUCUCAGCCUGUUUAUAUCUAUCUAUCUGUCUCAGCCUAUUUCUAUCCGUCUAUCUAUCUAUAUAUCUAUCUCAGCCUGUUUCUAA